GAGCCGAGCUAGAAGCCCGGACUGUGCGGGGCCGGCCGGGUCCAGCCGUGGCUGCGGCGAGUUACACCGUCCUCCGACCUGUCCGCUCCGCCGCGGCCCCGACCGCCAGCAUGUUCCGGAUGCUGAACAGCGGGUUUGAGGAUGACCCCUUCUUCUCUGAUUCUUUUCAUGCACACCGAGAAAGUAUGCGACAGAUGAUGAGAAGUUUUUCUGAACCUUUUGGAAGAGACUUGCUUAGCAUCUCUGAUGGUAGAAGAAGAGCUCAUAAUCGUUCAGGACGUGAUGAUGGGGAAAAUUUUUUGACUGCAGUGAAUUCUCUUGUGCCUUUUGGCAGUUUUGGUGGUAUGCAUACAGAUGUCAGCCCUUUUCAGGCAGUGGACCGAAUGAUGUUAAAUAUGCGAAACAGUAUGCAGGAAUUACAAAGAAACUUUGGUAACCUUUCAAUGGAUCCAAAUGGACAUUCGUUUACCUCUUCCUCAGUUAUGACUUAUUCCAAAGUAGGAGAUGAACCGCCAAGGAUUUUCCAGGCCUCAACUCAAACCCGUCGGGCUCCAGGCGGAAUAAAGGAAACUAGGAAAGCAUUGAGAGAUUCUGACAGUGGACUAGAAAAAAUGGCUGUUGGUCAUCAUCUCCAUGACCGAGCUCAUGUUAUCAAAAAAUCAAAGAACAACAAGACUGGAGAUGAAGAGGUCAACCAGGAGUUCAUCAAUAUGAAUGAAAGUGAUGCUCAUGCUUUUGAUGAUGAGUGGCAAAAUGAGAUUUUAAAGUACAAACAAGGGAGACAGUGGUGCAAUCUGGAAAACACCAGGAUGCGAAGUGUUGGGCAUGAGAAUUCAGGAGCCCGAGAACUUAAAAGAAGGGAGAAAUCUCAUCAACGUCCAGGCAUUGAAAGUGGAAGAAGAUCAAAUGUUUUCGUGGACAAACUCAACAUCAAAGGAUCACCUGUGAAAAUCAACAAAAAAUAAACAGUCUUGCAUUUGAUGUGUUCAGUUUAGGUUGUUUUACAGAGCAAGUAAUGGUGCUGGGUAAUACACAUAAGACCAAUCUCCUGUUGUUAAAUCAGUACUGUACUUAGCAACUUUCUUCUGAUAUCUCAAUGUUCGUGGAAGGCCAAGCAUUGUGUUGUCCCUACUUUAGAAAUAAAACUUUGAUUUUCAGCAA